AUCUUCCAUUCCAUAUACAACCAACAAAAACACUUGCUUUUUUUUUUUUUGUCUUUCCUUCCCCAUAAUAAAGGAUGAUUAAUAUUUUGGCCAUUUCUCUUGUAUUAUCCACACUUGUUACAGCUGGAUUUCUCACCCCCAAUAAAAAAGAAGAUGUUGUUUUAGUUGUUGAAUUUGAUCACAAUCAAGGUACCAAAGUUCUAAUCUCACCACAACAAGCUCAAAUUCCAAAUGACAACUCAAAUUCAAAUUCAAAAUCAGGUUAUGUUUCUGAUUUGAAAGAUAAAUUAUAUGAAAAAGCGGAGGAAGCAUCCUCUGUUCUUCCAAAUAUCGGUCAAGGGAUUGCGAGUCCUUACGUGAAUCAAAAUAGCGCUAGAGAUGUUGUUUGUGAUGCUUAUGGAAAGUGUAAAGAAAAAUUUACUAGUGUUUUUGGUAAAACCAAAGAUAAGGUUGAAGAAGGUGUUACAGAAGCUUCAGAGAAAGUAAAAGAAAAAGCGAAGGAUGUAAUUGAUACAACGAAGAGUAAAAAGAAUGAAAUGGAACAAAAAAUGGAGCAAGUGAAAGGAGAAAUAUCUGAGAAAGCAGAAGAAGGGAAAGAAGAUAUGAAAGAUAUUAUCGUGCGAGGACGUGAUUUCUUUCGUGAUGUAUUUACUUACAGAUUUUCGUUUGGUAAUUUGCGUCAUGUGAUGCGUUUGAUGCAUUUAUUGGGGUUUUCUGUGGCUUAUGGGAUGUGUAUUUGGGUCACAUUUAUUUCGAGUUACGUGUUAGCUAGAGUAUUGCCAAGGCAGCAAUUUGCAGUGGUUCAAAGUAAGAUUUACCCUGUUUAUUUUAAGGCUAUGGCUUAUUGCGUUGGCCUCGCAUUCGUCGGUCAUUUUCUAAGCCAAAAACGUUGGUUCUAUACUAACUUGGGUGAAGCGGUUCAAGGUUUUAAUCUUCUAGCUUCAAUCUCCAUGCUUUUGGUUAAUUCUCUAUAUUUGGAGCCUCGAGCUACAAAGGUUAUGUUUGAGAGAUUGAAGUUAGAGAAGGAAGAAGGUAGAGGCACACGCAUAUUCAACGUCGAACCAAGCGGUACUAUGGGAGUGGAGUCGGUACUGGAUCCAACGAAGACGACAGCAACUAAACCAGCAGAAAAAUCUCAAGAGCAGUCUGCGCCAGAGGUAGUGAAGCCCCAAGUGGUAAAAUUGAGUCAGAAACUUAAGAAGUUGAACUCAUAUUCAUCUUUUCUUAAUGUGCUCACACUUAUGGCACUUACACACCAUCAUGUUCACCUUACUCAGCUACUCGAUGCCCCCACCUAAAUCCGCAGAUCGAUCAGCUAGCUACUCUAUACUCUGGUUAUCUUAUGUUAUUUUUGGUUGAGGUGAUUGCUACUCAUCAGCUAAACUACUAGUAUUCUAAUUUCAUCGUGUUUGCACUUGUACUUUGGCUUUCCUUUAUUUAGUAAAAUAUACUAGGCUAGUUUCGAUGAGAACAAUGAUCAAAAUGGUCCUGUAAUGAAUGAGGCGUCCAUAUGGUUCUUAAUGUAAAAUGAAAAGAUAGCUAUGGUUCUUACAUAUAAUUUAUGAAUUUAUACAGAAGUAAUUUGCGAGAUCA